GGCGUAUCCAUUAACAUAUUUAAAAAGAGAAAAGAGAGAUGUAUGAUGAGAGUGCGAGUGAGUGUCACCCUCUGUUACAAGGUGGGAGAGAUGAAGAAUACAAAACUGGAAGCUUUUCUUCAUCAGAAAUGGAGACUAUUUCCAGCAUAUGUGAAGUUAUCGUGCAGCCACUCCCUCUGAGUUCUCUCGAUGGUCAUGAGAAAAAAGCUAAAGAAUCUAUUCAGUCGUUCUCUACUGCUUCCGGUUCUCAAUACCCAAUUCCUAAUAAGGUAGCUCACAUACUGGUAACGACCGCUUUUUUUGAAGAAAUGUUGGUGGUGAAAUUGGUCACAACUCUUUUAUCAACCAGGCUAGGCACCCUUUUACUUUCUGGGUUUCUUUGUAUUUCUCAUAAAUGGCCAUAUAUACACAAGUUCUCCGAAAUCUCACUACAUAAGAGGCAAAAGAUUCUGCAGAAAUGGUUCAAGAAUGGGUAUAUAUCGCCUAUCAGACUCGGAUUGUUGUUGAUCAAGUCGAUCUGCCUUUUGGUCUUCUUUUCUAAGGUCGAUGGGAAAACAAAUAAUCCUACAUGGGAAGCCAUCGGCUACCACGUAGACCUUAACGAAGAACAACCCAAAAGUAACCCAAACGAGCGCCCUCUACAGAAAGGAAUGGUGGAGCUUAUGAAUGAAAAGGAUCAUACUCAUACACUUGUGCAAUCUCUCCGUAAGAAAGGCAUGGAUGUGAGAGAAGACCUUAAAGAGAAAAUCUGCCGAAUAAAAUGUGACGUUGUAAUAGUCGGCUCUGGUUGUGGUGGUGGUGUUGCAGCUGCCAUACUUGCAAAAUCCGGCAAGAAAGUUGUCGUUCUUGAAAAAGGAAACUACUUUUAUAAGACAGAUUAUUCAAAACUCGAAGGGCCUUCUCUUGAUCAACUCUAUGAAUCAAAAGGAGUAUUUCCAACCCUUCAAGGGAGUGUAAUGAUCCAGGCAGGAACUGGAGUUGGAGGUGGGUCAGCAAUUAAUUGGUCAGGUUGCAUCAAGACACCACAAUCUGUGCGAAAAGAAUGGGCAGAAGAUUACAACAUUAAGUUAUAUGAAAGCCAUGAGUAUACUUCUGCGAUGAAUAAAGUGUGUGAAAGAAUCGGUGUUACUGAAAGGUGCGCAAAAGAAGGAUUCCAAAAUCAAGUUCUUCGUAAAGGAUCAGGAGACAAAAAGGGAACCGAUUCGACUUGGUUGGUUGAUGCAGUCGAUCAUGGCGCUGUGAUCAUAACCGGAUGUAAAGCGAAGAAAUUUAUUUUAGCAAGAAACCGACAAGGGACGAAAAGAAGACAUAAAUGUUUAGGAGUAAUUGCUGAAGCUUUACACCAAGAAACCUAUAAAACAUUACUCAUCGAAGCAAAGGUGACAAUUUCUGCAUGUGGGUCUCUUUUAACGCCACCAUUAAUGAAAUCUAGUGGUUUGAAAAACCCUAAUAUUGGCCGGAAUCUUCAUCUCCAUCCUGUUGCAAUGGCAUGGGGAUACUUUCCAGAGAAUGAAACAGAUCUAACAGGCACAAACUACGAAGGAGGGAUACUGACAUCCGUUCAUAAACCCGGGUCAGAUGAGAACUACAUCUUGGAAGUAACUGCACUCGGACCUGGAUCUUUCGCUGGUUUAUGUCCAUGGCUUUCUGGGCAAGACAUAAAGGAAAGAAUGAUGAGAUACUCUCGAACAGCUCAUGUGUUUUCAUUGAUAAGAGACAGUGGACCUGGGAAAGUAAAGUCAGCAGGAAGGAUAAGUUUUAGAUUCAGCAAAUAUGACAAAGAAAAUAUGAAGAAAGGGUUGAGACAAGCGUUAAGGGUGUUGAUUGCAGCUGGGGCUGUUGAAGUGGGUACUCAAAGAAGCGAUGGGCAGAAAUUGAAAUGCAAAGGGACAAGUGAAGAGGAGAUCGAGGAGUUCUUGGAGACAGUAGAAGCUUUACCUGGUCCGAUGUCAAUGGUGGAACGUUGGACUCUAUACUGUUCAGCUCAUCAAAUGGGGAGUUGCAGAAUGGGGAAAAGUGAGAAGGAAGGUGCAGUGGAUGAGAAUGGGGAGAGCUGGGAAGCGGAGGGACUUUAUGUUUGUGAUGCGAGUAUUUUACCGACUGCUGUUGGUGUUAAUCCCAUGAUCACUAUCCAAUCGACUGCGUAUUGCCUUGCAGAAAGAAUUGCUGAUGGCUUUAGAUAA